AUGACAUUGGUGAGAGAGAGAAGACACCAACAAGCACUAAAGCUAUCCUUGCCACCACCAGUUCCAGUAGCUGAGUUCCAGCACCAGAUCCACUUGACUGCAUUGUUGCCAGCCCCUGGUCCUGACUCUCCAGGCAUUGACAACCUCUCUGACCUAGAGAAAAUGGCUGUUCUUGGCCAUGGCACUGGUGGCACCGUCUAUAAAGUCCUUCACAAGAAAACCUCAUCAAUUUAUGCAUUAAAAGUGCUCCGGUUCAAUCAAAAUACAAUCAGCAUUUGCCGCCAGGCUGCACGCGAGGCUGAGAUCCUCAAAAGAGUUGAUUCACAAUAUAUUAUAAGGUGUCAUGCAGUUUUUGAUAAUGGUUUCAUUGAUACAGACAAUGGGGGUGGUGAUCUUUGCUUUGUUAUGGAGUACAUGGAAGGAGGCUCACUACAUGAUGUGUUGCGAGCACGCCAGAGACUACCUGAGCAUGUAAUCUCUGGCGUGGCUAGGCGUGUCCUAGAAGGACUGCACUAUCUGCAUUCCAUGCAGAUAGUGCAUAGGGACAUAAAACCAUCAAACUUACUUGUAAAUGAUAAGGGAGAGGUGAAGAUUGCAGACUUUGGGGUUAGCCAUAUUGUGGCUGGGACACGUGAGGCAUGUCAUGACUCCAACAUGGGCACAUGUGCAUACAUGAGCCCAGAAAGGUUUGAUCCAGAGAGAUGGGGUGGUGAUAAUGCAAAUGGGUUUGCUGGGGAUGUGUGGUCACUUGGGGUGGUGGUGUUGGAAUGUUAUGUAGGUCAUUUUCCAUUGAUCGGUCCUGCGCAAAAACCAGACUGGGCAACAUUAAUGUGUGCAAUUUGCUUUGGGGAGAUGCCAGAGAUACCGGAAACAGCCUCACCGGAGUUUCGGAGCUUUAUAAGGUGGUGUUUAGAGAAGGAUUGGAGGAAGAGAGGGACGGUAGGUGAGCUUCUCGGCCAUGCUUUUGUGAAUAGAAAUUGUUAGAAUUCUAUGUAA